GUUUCACUCGGACUGUAUAGCGCUGCGCACACAGCCGAUCAUGUGACUGUAACACAAGAGAAGCUUCACCAAACACCAUUCAGUUUACAAACAUAACCUGAUGAUUCAUUUUGUGCGAUGAUAUAUUAAAAGCGUCAGAAAAUGCUGCUAGUUUUAUCAGAGGAGCACAAGGAGCAUUUAGGAUUCUUGUCAGAAGUGGAUCCUGCGGUUGUUGGUGAGUUUGGCAGAAUCGCUGUGGAGUUUCUGAAAAAAGGCUCGAAUCCUAAAAUAUAUGAGGGAGCUGCACGGAAGCUGAAUGUGUCGUCCGAGAGCAUCCAGCACGGCGUGGAGGGCUUGAUGUAUCUCCUCACCGAGAGCUCCAAGCUAAUGAUUUCGGAGGUGGAUUUCCAGGACUCUGUGUUGGUGUUGGGAUUCUCAGAGGAGCUCAAUAAACUUCUGCUCCAGCUGUAUUUAGAGAACAGGAAGGAGAUCCGACAGAUUCUCAGCAAACUCGGCCCCAGCCUCCCGCAUUACCACAACCUGGAGUGGAGGCUCGAUGUUCAGUUGGCCAGCCGGGCGCUCCGGCACCAGGUGAAGCCCACCGUGACGCUGAAGCUCCACCUGGAGGACGGUGCGAAGCGCAGCGCCCACGUUCUGCAGACGGAUCCCGCCACACUGCAGCAUCUCAUUCACGAGCUGGAGCGAGCGCUCACCGAGCUCAAGAGCAGCCAUUGCCGCCGCAUCCUCCGCAACAUCAAAUAGAGCCGCGACACUGGUUUAGAGUUGAUCAGGCGAGCCGUUGUUCAGUGAUGCUGCACUGAUGUUCCUUAGAGACCAAUCAAUGCAGAGUUUGUUUCAUUUGUGCCAUAAGGAUUAACUGAUGCCUUUGCUUUGUAUUAAAGACACAGUUCGCACAAAAAUGAAAACGAUGCCAUGGUUUACUCACCUUCAUGUCGUUCCAAACCUGUAUGAAUUUAGAUAUUUUGAAGAAUGUUGGUAACCAAAUAGUUUUGGGUCCCUUUGACUUCGAUAGCCAUACAGUGGAAGUCAGUGAGACACAAAACGGUUUGGUUCUUCAGAGUAUCUUGAUAAUAAAAGAUGUUCAAUGUAAGAUAUUUUGAUGAAUGUUGGUAACCAAACAGUUUCAGUUUCUAUUGACUUCCAUGAUAUUUUUUGCUCAUAUUAUGGAAGUGAAUGGCACCUGAAACCAUUCAACCCAAUCUCACGGCAAUUCACACAUGUUUUACGAGGUAACUGAUUCGUACAAAUUUAGACCUCAAAUUAAGACCUCACUUGUAUGAAUUCAUACGGUUUUUGCUAAAUUGUAUGUGUUUUACAAGUUCCCAAAUUCAUAUGAAUUUGUACGGACGACCCACCCCUAACCUCGCCCCUAAACCUACCCGUCACUGGGGUCUAGGCAAAUCGUACAAAAGUCAUACAAAGGGGUGGCCAACAAAUUAGCCACCCCGUAAAAUACACACAAAUUGGUUGUAAGAUAGUGCUGAACCAUUUGGUUACCAAAAUUCAUCAAAAUAUCUUUUUAUGUUCCACAGAAGAAAAAGGGGUGAGUAAAUAUGAUUUUGAUGGAGUAUCUUUAAGUUUAUGGCACUGAAGGGUGUUUGUGUGUACUUUUGGGCCGAAGCUUUACAUCCCCACACUGUAAAAAAAAAAAAAAAAACUUAA